ACCCAUUGACAAUCACAUAACCAAGCCAAAAUGACAUUCACUCCAUUACCUCCGAGAUAUGACACAGAUGAAGCGCUUUCAUCGCUCGCGACGGCGCUCAUGGCUUCCACGCAGAUACCACAAAGCAAAGGCAAAGGCAAGCGAUCAACUUACACAGUCUUCGAUACGGCACACCAGCUCACGGGGUGGAAGUUUAAUGAGUUUGACUAUAACAAGGAAAGUAUCGUGUUGCCUAUCCGGGCACGUGGCUUUUUUACCGAGGAAAACCGCAUCGCCGUCAGAGGUUACGACAAGUUCUUCAACGUCGGAGAGGUGUCGACGACGCAGCUCCAAUGGCUCUCAGAAAACACUUCCGGGCCAUACGAGCUCACGUUGAAAGAAAACGGAUGUAUUAUCUUCAUCUCUGGCUUGGCCGAUGGCUCCAUCGUGGUGUGCUCGAAGCAUUCCACCGGCUACCGCCCGGACUUGGAGCGCAACCACGCGCUUGCAGGCCAGAAGGCGCUUGAGGCGCAGCUCGCCGCGUCGGGAAAGUCAGUCAAGGAGCUUGCGCUCCAGUUGCAUACGCUUAAUGUCACCGCUGUUGCCGAGCUCUGUGACGAUGCUUUCGAGGAGCACGUUUUGGAGUACAAGAGCGAAGAGCUGGGAUUGUACCUCCACGGUUUGAAUUUCAACACCAUUGAGUUCCAGACGUACCCCAUAGACCUUAUCGCGGAAUUUGCGGCCGCCUGGGGCUUUAUCCCCACGAAAUUCAUCACCAAAACGGACUUUUCCGAAUUGUUCCGGUUCUUGGAGGAAUGCGCGGAAACGGGUUCCUACGAAGGACGGGCCGUGGAGGGGUUUGUCAUCAGAGCGAAGGCUCAUGGAGCUGACCAUUUCUGGAAAUACAAGUUCGAGGAGCCGUACUUGAUGUACCGCCAGUGGCGUGAGAUCACCAAGGGCUACCUCCAGCAGUCGAAGAAGCCGCUUUCCAUCACUCUGUUGAUCAAAAAGUCACACAAACACAAACGAGUGAGUGCCCAGUACCUUAUAUUUAUCAUCCCCGAGUUGGAACGCGAUCCAGCGUUGCGUGACGGUUUCCUCCAAGGCCAUGGGAUCAUCGAAUUGCGCAACCGCUUUUUGACCCACAUGGGUCAAUCGGGGAUCCAGCUCGCCAAUCAGGAAGGAUCGGACGCCGAUUUAACAGCCGAAUUGGACCGUCUUUCGAUCGAACACGCGCGCAAUACGGGAACGUCUGACUUGCAAAUCGUGACAAAAUACCUCAUUAUACCCGUGGCCACCGUUGGGUGUGGCAAAACCACCACCGCCCUCACCCUCACAAAGCUCUUCCCCUGGGGACAUAUCCAGAAUGACAACCUCUCGUCGCCGGCGGCGUCAAAGCUUGUCAAGGGUGCCUUAAGCUUGCUCCAGACCCAUCCGGCGGUGGUUGUUGACAGAAACAAUCACAUGUGCCGCGAGCGGGCCCAGCUCUUUGGUGAUUUUGAAAACUUCAAGGAGCAGUUUUUCCCUGCCAAAGAGUACCGUUCCAAAGGCCAGCUUGUUGAGUUUAAAUACAUCUGUUUGAACUUUAUUUCAGGAAACCCGCACGACCAGGACUUGUGGAGCACCACGGAAAAGCGGGUGGUCGAAAGGGGCGAUAACCACCAGUCGAUCCGGCUCUCGGUCACCGGUCAAGACCAGUUGCACAUGAUCAUGAAGGGGUUCAUCAACCGUUUCCAGCCGCUCAACCCAAAGAGGAAGCCGGAUAGCGCGUUUGACGAGGUGGUGGACCUUCGGGUCGGGAGCGACAGCUCGCUAGAGAAUACCGUCACAGUGUUGAACAGGUUGGCAAAAAUCUUCCCUGAGUUGGUGCCAGCGGUUCCGGCUCGGGCUGCGAUCGAAGCAGCGUUUGGGAAGUCCUUGACGUACGUUCCAGAGAAGAAGAAGAACGUCAAGGAGAAGCGGGAAGCACGCGUCCAGUACUAUGCCAUCUCUGUUCCCCAGGAAGUGGAAGCCAGAGUCGAAGCGUUAUUGCGUAAGCAAAGUGCCACCAAUCCGGCUGGCUUGCACUUCUACGAUAGCCUCAAGAAGCACGACCGGGUUCAAAAUUCGUUCCACGUCACCUUGUCUCAUGUAGCUCACUGCAAGGGCAAAAACGCUGCCGGAAAGGUUAUAUUUGAUGGAUACAAACGACGUUUUGGUCCAGCCGUGGAUGCCUUCAUGAAGGAAAACUCCGAGAAAACUUUCCCACACAACUACAAGUUUGCGUUGGGCUACCACGCGGAUAUUCAGUUGCGCCGGGUGGUGUUUGACGGUCGGUUGAUGUGUGUAGAGGUGGCCUUGGUUGGGGGAUACAAGACUGGCAAAGGCAAGCAGUUCCAGCUCCAGUGCGGUAACGCCUGUCCUCAUAUCACGGUUGGGACCUUGGAUAACUCGGUUAAGCCGGUGAUGUCGAAUAUGUUGCUUACGGACCUUAUGAAGUGGGAGGUGGAUAAUACGGUUGAGGAAAAUGGGAAGCAGGUCCAGAUAUAUGAGUUUGAGGACGAGGUGUUGCGUGGCUGUGAGAUUGUAGCAUCGUUCUAGGAAUAAUUCAAAUCUAGCUGAA